GCUUCUUGUUCAAUACCAGGUUAGACUCCGAGGUCGGGCAAUGGCUAUCGUUCCUCGGCUCGCAGCACCUUGGCAAGCAUUCGCUCGAAUCCUGUUGCGGACGCAUACGCAGAUCGGCGAUCAUCCCAGUAAUCUCGCACGUAGAGCCACUUGUCGCCACAUGGCCAGAUGAGACCUACCACCUUCACCGUGCUCGCGUCGUCCCCUCUCUCAGCCAUUGUGUUGAACUGCCCUUGGAUGUUGGCCGCCUGGUCGAGCGCACUUGUGGGCUGCGUGUUGAAGCCAUGAAUGGAGAACAGCACAUGCUCAGCCUUGCUGUUGAGCAGACGCUUUAGAAGAUCCCCAGAGAAUAUCUCUUGGUGUUCCUGGUCAGUGCCGCUCUGGCAGAAGCGGACGCUAGCUGAGGGAUCGUUAUCUGCCUCAUCGAAGCUCACGGGACGGAUGGGCUCCUCUGUCCCACCAAGGACGUUCGUUCGGUGGUUGGUGAUGAACAGGAGCUCUCUGCACGCACGUGCAUAACACAUUCAUCCGACAGGCAGACAAUGAAGGCAUGGUUGCACGGCUGAGGUUCCGCAUCGUGAUGCGUGUAACUCACCCGUCGGGGUCCACAUCGUUUCGUCGGCUCUUGAGGGACGUAAUGCAGCUCUUCAGGGGAGAUCCAUCAGAGCCGUGCAAGAAGCCAACCGGUGCGCCAGCUGGGGGGUCAUGGCAGCGCACAACAGGGAGCGCGACGCACACCAGCAGAAGGCCCAAUAACUUCAUUGGCUGAAACACAAAACACUCAUCAUGCAUCUUACGUCAAAUGAAGCAUGCAGUCUGUCUCCAUUGCGCUCACUGUUCUCAAUAGUUCUGGACCUCUUCUUUCUGGCGGGGCUGAUGUUUCAGCGCACGCGUCCUUGAACGAGCACCCGUAGGCUCGUGAGCAGCCUCGGCUGUGGCCAAGCAACCCAGCUUGUGCAGCUUGUACAAUCACGAGCCUGCGUUGGCCACAAUGAUCAGCAAAUGAGAUGGAUGAAAUACACUGCCCGUCGCCUGCCCGUUGCUCUGCUUUGCAUGUGGCGCGUACCUGAAGCUGCUUCGGCACGUAAACCGCGUCCUGCAGCAGCUCCGGAAACAGUUACACGCUCUCGACCCUGGAAGCCUGCGAGCUGAGAGGCAU